GCGGAGCGUCUGUCUGCGGGCUGAAGGCGGCAGAGAGCGGAGGACCGGAGGAGCGGCCCCGGUGCUCGGCUCCUCUCCCAGCGGCGUGUGAACCCAGCCGAAGCCGGCCAGAGGACGCAGAGGCCCGGCGGGCUGCUCGGCGCUGCGCUGCGGGGGAUGAGCGACACAAAAGGGGCCGAGGCGCCGCCAGAGUCCGGGACGCGGAUCGACGUUCACCGCCGGAGCUGCGGGAGGAGGGCCGCCGCUCAGGAGCCGCUCUGACCGGCCAGACUGGGGUUUCCAGGCGGCGGCAGGACGCGGAUUAACCCGCUGGGAUGAAGCAGGAAUGUGUUUCCAGCCGGUCUGAACAUCUGGAGGACAGAAAAGUGAGUUUUACUGGAUUUCAGCGUGAAGCUGCUGAGAGCGUCUGAGGAGGAAACAUCUGAGGAGGAACCAGGAGGUCAGAGGAUGUUCCUGCUGGAGGCUGCUGGGAUGGACAGAGCAGCUCCUCAGAGGAGAACCGUGUACCGGAUCUCCCUCACCCUGGUGAAGAGGGAGAACCUGGAGGAGAACCAGGAGAAGAACCUGGAGGAGAACCUGGAGGAGAACCUGGAGGAGAACCAGGAGAAGGUGCAACAGGGCGGCGGCCUGCUGGAGCAGCUGCAGGAGGAGGAGGAAGAGUCUCAGGAUUUGUCUUCAGGCUUCAUGAGGAGCUUCAGGACGUUCAGCACCGGCCAGCUGGAGCUCAGCAGGAUGAAGAUCUGCAGGAGGCUGCAGCUGAAGGAGAAGAACCCGGCAGGAGGCGACGCCAAGAAGAAGAAGCUGCUGAAGGCGAAGAGCGUGGAGGAGAGCAGCUCCUCGGCUCCUCCAGGAACCAACGGGGUCUCCUCCGUGGAGAGGUCCGGUCUCCUGCGUCGCAGCUGCAGCUUCAGGAACUGGAGCGGCUCUGAGCUGCGGCGGCUGAAGGCCAGAGAACAUCUCCACAGCAGCUCCGGAAGCCUCCACCAGCCGGAGCCCGUCGGCCAGAAGAGCCGGACCCUGGAGGUGGGGGCCCUCCUGAACCGGACCGACUCCAUGGAGCUGAGCUGGACCCGGGAGAAGAACCGGACUCUGGACAACAGCGACCUGCAGCGGCUGCAGAAGGAGGCUGGAGGAGGCUUCCUGCUCAGAGGAGCUUCAGGCCGCAGCAGCGAGAGGCGUCUGGCUCGAUUCUUCAGCGGCUUCUUCUCCAGGAGGGACGCAGCGACGCCCACCUCCAGCCCCGACAGCAGGGGGCGCCGUAGGAGGCCGGUUCUCACCCAGUCCAGCUCCGAGAGCGUCAACGGAACCGACGAUGCGUUUGUGAACAGUCAGGAGUGGACGCUGAGCCGAACGGUACCAGAACUCAAAGUGGGCAUUGUGGGUAAUCUGGCCAGCGGUAAGUCGGCGCUGGUCCACCGCUACCUGACGGGAACCUACGUCCAGGAGGAGUCGCCUGAAGCUGACGUGGAUGCAGGAGGUCGCUUUAAGAAGGAGAUGGUGGUGGACGGUCAGAGUCACCUGCUGCUGAUCAGAGAUGAAGGAGGCCCCCCAGAGGCUCAGUUUGCGUUGUGGGUCGACGCCGUCAUCUUCGUCUUCAGUCUGGAGGAUGAGAUCAGCUUCCAGACGGUUUAUCACUACUUCAGCCGCCUGGCCGGCUUCAGGAACACAGCCGAGCUGCCGCUGGUGCUGGUCGGCACGCAGGACGCCAUCAGCUCGGCCAACCCGCGGGUCAUCGACGACAGCCGGGCCAGGAAGCUGUCCAGCGACCUGAAGCGCUGCACCUACUACGAGACCUGCGCCACCUACGGGCUGAACGUGGAACGAGUCUUCCAGGACGUUGCCCAGAAGAUCGUCGCCACCAGGAAGAAGCAGCAACUCUCCAUCGGACCCUGCAAGUCGCUGCCCAACUCGCCGAGUCACUCGUCCGUCUGCUCGACACAAGUGUCGGCCGUCCACAUCAGCCAGACCAGUAACGGUGGAGGAAGUCUCAGCGAUUAUUCGUCUUCGGUGCCAUCGACUCCCAGCACCAGUCAGAAGGAACUCCGGAUCGAUGUUCCUCCGGCCACCAACACCCCGACGCCGGUCCGGAAACAGUCCAAACGCCGCUCUAACCUCUUCACCUCGAGGAAAGCGAGCGAAGCCGACAAGGACAAGAAAGGCCUGGAGGCUCGAGCCGACAGCAUCGGCAGCGGGCGAGCCAUCCCCAUCAAACAGGGGAUGCUGCUGAAGAGGAGUGGGAAGUCCCUCAACAAGGAGUGGAAGAAGAAGUACGUGACGCUGUGCGACAACGGACUGUUGACCUACCAUCCCAGUCUACAUGACUACAUGCAGAACGUCCACGGGAAGGAGAUCGACCUGCUGAGGACCACGGUGAAGGUUCCCGGUAAACGGCCUCCUCGAGCUGUUUCCACCUGCGCCGCCGUGCCGAGUCCCAAAACCAACGGCCUGACCAAGGACAUGAGCAGCCUGCAGCUCGGACAGAACCCAGGUUCGGUGACCAGCAGCUCGUCGGCAUCUCAGAUGACUAGCGGCGUCAGCUUGGUUUCCUUCAACAGUCGCGGUGGCCUCGAAGGGAUGCACCAACGCUCGUACUCCGUCUCCAGCGCCGACCAGUGGACCGACGCCACCGUCAUCGCAAACUCCGGAGUCAGCACAGAUACCGGUCUGGGAGACUCGGUCUGCUCCAGUCCCAGUAUCUCCAGCACCACCAGUCCUAAGAUGGAGCCGCCACCGUCGCCUCACGCCAACCGCAAGAAGCACCGCAGGAAGAAGAGCACCAGCAACUUCAAGGCCGACGGACUCUCUGGUACUGCAGAAGCCAGGCGUAGAGCGUGGAAACUAAACCGUGUCAGUAGCCUUCGCAGCGUUUACGCCAACAGUCUCCAUGACGACGAAGAACAAGAGGAGAACUUUGAGUUCACCAUCGUGUCUCUGACCGGUCAGUCGUGGCACUUUGAGGCGACUUCGUACGAAGAACGAGACGCCUGGGUUCAGGUGAUCGAGAACCAGAUCCUGGCCAGUCUGCAGUCCUGUGAGAGCAGCAAGAACAAGUCUCGUCUGACGAGCCAGACGGAGGCCAUGGCUCUGCAGUCCAUCAGAAGUAUCCGAGGAAACGGUCGCUGUGCCGACUGUGAAGCCCAGAACCCGGACUGGGCAAGUCUGAACCUCGGGGCCCUGAUCUGCAUCGAGUGCUCGGGCAUCCACAGGAACCUGGGGACCCACCUGUCAAGGGUCCGGUCCCUGGACCUGGAUGAGUGGCCCCUGGAGCUCAUCAAGGUCAUGUCGGCCAUCGGCAACGAGCUGGCCAACAGCGUCUGGGAGGCCAACGCUCAGGGACGCCUCAAACCCGGACCGGACGCCAGCAGGGAGGAGAGAGAGCGCUGGAUCCGAGCUAAGUACGAGCAGCGUCUGUUCGUGGCGUCGCUUCCCUGCAUGGACCUCCCUCUGGGCCAGCAGCUGCUCCGGGCGACGGCCGACGAGGACCUGAGGGCCGUCGUCCUGCUGCUCGCCCACGGCAACCGGCAACAGGUCAACGAAACCUGCGGCGAAGGAGACGGACGCAACGCUCUGCACCUGGCCAGCCGCAAGGGCAACGUGGUCAUCACCCAGCUCCUCAUCUGGUACGGCGUGGACCUGAUGGCGAAGGACGCCCACGGCAACAGUGCGAUGGCAUACGCCCGUCAGGCCAGCUGCCAGGAGUGCGUGGACACGCUGACUCAGUACGGUUGCCCCGACGACCGCUACCCGCUCAUGGCCACACCCAACCUGUCGCGCCGCAACACCAACCGCAACAACAGCUGCAGCAGUGCCGGCAGUGCAGCGCUCAUAUGACGACGAGGCUUCGCCGGCGACCAAUUGGGAGCACCGUUUAGUCUGGAACCACUUCCUGUUGUGACUCUAAGCCCCGCCCACCUCCCCUGACAGCCGCCGCCCCUUUAGGACUGAUUAAAGCCGGUCGACGGCGACGCUUCCUCCGUCCCCAGGUCUGUUUUGGGAGAAAGAUUCCAGAGCAUGCUGGGAAAUGUGGUCCACAAUCAUAUUGGGAAAAGGUCACAUGACUUGUGAUGACAUCAUACCUCAUCAGUCACACUACAAGGCCAGUUCCUGCUCAGCAGCCAAUCAGGAUCCACGCCAAAACAUAUCUAAUACCGAUAAUAAUAUCAGCGAGGAAAGUCUUCGUAGCAUGACGGCGCUUUACGACGAAGCCAUUUAAAUCUUCAUCAUCAAUCAUUGGAGGACGCAACUUUUUAGCUCCUCCCACUUUUGUUUCAUGGAUUCUGUGAGCUCUUCUGCCUUCACACAUUUUUUUUUUAAUGUGAAAAUAUCUCGAUGUUUUAGGAGCAAAGAUAAAAAGAUAUCAGAUCAGUUAGAGGUAAAGUGGUAGAUCGCAUGUCCUAGACACUUCCUGCUUCUUAAUUUAAGGCAUUCUUCCUGGUUUGUGUAUAUUGUAUCUGGAUGUGCAUUGCUGGACCAAUGGUUAAAAUGUCAACAUGGGGAAGGUUCUUCUGUUUUUGGUUGUUUUGUUUAGUUUUGGGUGUAUAAAAUCAUAAAGUGUACAGAAGCUCAGGGACCGGAGACUGUCCACCACCAACACCUUCAGACGGGGUUCAACUCACUCUGCUCAGGAGUUAAAACCACAACUAGGAACCUGAACAGAACCUGAUUUCCAUCCUGGUCGACCAGCGUUUUAGCUCAAACUCUGUCCCUGAAGUUCAUUUUAUUGUUACAUGUAAAAACAGAGGACGAGGGAACUCGGAGUGAAAAGGGAAUCUUCUUCAGGUGUUUUAGAGUUGGUGUUGAGCUCGAAGACGGUGGACGGAAGCUACUUUCCUUCAUUUUAUUUCAGCCUGUCGAUGAUGAACUCUCUCCUUGUCCCAUCCAGUCAGACAGUCUCCCUGAUCUGCUCAGCGAAUCACUAAGAAGGGCUUCUUCUUCUUUUUCUUCUUCUUCUUCUUUUCUGGUCUAGAAACCUCCUCACUGUAAAUAAUUUCCCUUUUUUCCACCACUCCUCCGAUGGUGGCAUCGUCUAAACUAGAGAACGCAGGAAGUGAACGUCGGGUUGAAGGAUGGAGGUUUGUUAUUCUAAUGUGUUGUCGGGAGGUUUGGUGCUGAUCCAGACAGGACAGCAAGAACCAGGAAGGUAAGAUCAGCGGUUCCCAACAGCCCCAGUUUGAUGGUUCACAGGAUGGGAAACCUGAACAGAAGGUCCAAGACAGGUCUAGGUCUGAGUCCAGGGAGUCCACCAAAUCUGGAUCAGUUUGAGUGAAGACUGAGUCCAAAUGGAGUCAUGUUUUGAGUUUCGACAAACUCUGCAUUUGGUCAAGUUUGGGUUCAACAGUCAUCAAAUUUGGAUGUUGGGUUGGACGUAGUUCACCAAAGUUUGAGUCAAGACUGAGUCCAAAUGGAGUCAUGUUUUGAGCUCUAAAAAGUCUACCUGUGAUCCAAAUAGACUCUGAACUGAUUCCAGGUCAAGUUUAGGUCAAGAGUUUAAGUCUACAUGUGGUCAGGUUUCAUCCCAGUCAGUUCAACAAAUAUGGACAAGGUUGAAUGAGGUUUUUGUCCAAAUGGAGCCACGUUUAGAGAUUGGGACAAACCCAACAUUUGGUCAAAUUUGGGUUCCACGGUUGUCGUCAAAUUUGGAUGUUGGGUUGGACAUAGUUCAGCAAAGUUUGAGUCAAGACUGAGUCCAAGUGAAGUCACGUUUUGAGCUCCAAAAAGUCUACCUGUGGUAAAAACAAAAAAAAAAAACUCCAGGUUAAGUUUAGGUCAAGAGUUUAAGUCUAAAUUGUGGCCAAAUUUCAAUCCAAAGCAUUCAACAAAUGUGGACAAGGUUGAAUCCGGUUUCUGUCCAGAUGGAGACAUUCUAAGUUUAGUCAAACUGAACAUGUGGUCAAGUUUUGCUUCAGUGGAUGUCAUCGAAUGUGGAUCAAGGAUUGGACAUAGUUUGGACAAGUUUGAGUCCAGAUAAAGUCUAAAUUUGUUCAAAUUUGGGUCCAAAUUCGGAAUUGUCUGAAUCAAGCCUUGUCCAAACGGAGUCAUAGUUUCAGUUUGGUCAAAUUUGUGUUCAAUUGAUGUCAUAGAAUUUGGAUUGGACGUGGUUCACUAAAGUUUGAGUCAAGACUGAGUCGAAGUGAAGUCACGUUUUGAGCUCCAAAAAGUCUACCUGUGGUAAAAAUAGACUCCAGGUACAGUUUAGGUCAAGAGUUUAAGUCUAAAGGUCGCCAAAUUUCACUCCAAUCAGUUCAACAAAUGUGGGCAAGUCUGAAUCAAGCCUUUGUCCAAAUGGAGACAUUCUGAGUUUAGUCAAACCCAAUAUUAGGUCAAAUGUAGGUUCAACGGAUGUCACCAAAUUUGGAUCUAGGAUUAGAUCUAGUUCAUCAAGUUUGGGCAAGUUUGAGUCAAGAUCAAAUUUGUUCAAAUUUGGGUCUAAAUUCGGAAUAGGCUGAAUCAAGUCUUGUCCAAAUGGAGUCAUUUAGAGUUCAGACAAACCCAACAUUUGGUCAAAUUUGGGUUCAACGGAUGUUUUCAAAUUUGGAUCUAGGGUUGGCCAUAGUUCAACAAAGUCAAGACUGAGUCGAAGUGGAGUCACGUAUUGAGCUCUUAAAAGUCUGCCUGUGGUAAAACUAGAUUCCUCACUGAGUCCAGGUCAAGGUUAGGUCAGAGUUUAAGUGUAAAGGUGGCAUCAAAUUUGAAUAUAGGGUUGGACAUAGUUCAGCAAAGCUUGAGUCAAGACUGAAUCCAAUUGGAGUCACGUUUUGAGCUCUAAAAAGUCUACUUGUGGUAAAACUAGACUACGUACUGGUCAUUUAGAGUUCAGACAAAAGCAACAUUUGGUCAAAUUAGGAUUCAAUUGAUGUCAAAUUUGGAUGUUGACUUAGUUCACUAAAUCUUAGUGAUGAUUUAGUCCGAAUGUGAUCAAAUUUUGAAUCACAGACUUUUGACGUUUGAAUCAAGUUUUUGUCCAGUUUUGAGUUGAGACCAGCCCAACAUUUGGUCCAAUUUGAGUUCAACCAAUAAAAUUCAAUCAAAGAUUUUGCCCCACAGAGGUCACUAUACAUGGGCAAGUCUGAGUCAUGACUGAGUCCAAAUCUGGUCAGAUUUAAGUCCAGUCCAGUUCUUGGAUCAUUUUAAGGACUCGGAUGAAGAAACCACUAAACAGUGUCGCGAUAACCUGUUGGGAGCCGCUGGUGGAGGUACUGGAAUGAAUCUGAAGCAUCGCGGCUGAAUUUCAGGUGUUUCUGAAGCCGCUGAUGCUGAUUUCUUUGGUGUUUGAAACAUGUCAACAGAUCAGGAACGAUGCUGCUCAAACCUCCACGUUUGACUUUUACUUCUUCUACGACCUCAGCUCUCGAUCCGACUGUGUAUUUGAGCAAUAUUCAUCAAAGCAUCACCGUCAUACACUGCUGCAAUACUCCCAUUAAAACACAAACACUGUGUAGAAAUGUAAGAAAACCGUUUCUCCUUCCACGUCAACACUAAUGUUUUGCCUUUUUUCAUUUGCACGCCUGCCUUCCUCGUUUCCUUUACGUGCCACACCUUUAUUUCCCUUCAAGUUGCCAUUCGACCUCCUAAUAAUGAGGUUUAACCAACAUUUUUAUCUUCAAAGUGAUUUUAAUUUUAUGUUUUUAUAUCUGAAGGCGUCCUUUAAUUUAUGACAGAAAUGCACUAAAAUCUGUUUUCCGUCUUAAUAUUCAGGCACCAAGUUGUUUGUUCCUCUAAACGGUGGUGGCUUCUGGGAGUUUCCUCUAAACUAUUUUAACGUUUUGAGGAAUCCAAAGUUAAUUUAAGUGUAAAUAGAAGCUAAUGGUGAUGCUAACUAGCUACGGUGCGGCACUUUUAGAGAAGUUAGCUAAUAUGUGGACAAUAGAAACAGUGUAAACAACAGUGAGCUUAUUUUGAAAAGUUUAGCAACAUCCAAUUAGCACAGAAAGAGUUUGUCAAUGCUAACUGUUGCAGCUGCUAGCGAUCAGUUAGCUGAACUUUGCUAAUGGAAUAAAGCAGGACGUUAGCUUAAUUUCCCGCUAAGUCUUCUGCUGGUCGCUGAUUUAUGCUUUGGGAAUUUUGAGACUUGAAGCUGAAAUCCAGUCUUUUCAUUUCACCUCACAGCGGUUGAGAAAACAAGGGAAUGUCUGCUUUUAGCUGCUGAGUCAUCUGUCCCUGAAGCUAACUGCGGCUAGCAGUGAACAAGCUAACAGUGCUAAUACCUUUGCUUUAGCUUGCAAGCAACCUACUAAUACUUUAAACUGCACUUUCUUCCCCUCCGAAGGUUAAAGAAACAGGAAAAAUGGACAACUUUAGAGAACAGAAACAUGUUGUGAAGCAACAGCUAGCGAUCAGUUAGCUAACCUCAGCUUGUCGUAAAUUCAUUUUGCUGUACAGUUUUGUCGACUUGACUCUUUAUAAUUUUUUUUACUUUUCAUAUCAUUUCUUUUCAUGUUAGCUUUGCCCUCAACUGGUUUGUGCUCUUUAAAAUUUAAAAUGUUAAGAGUGAAGACUGAAUCCAAAAGUUAGCUUAGCUAACACAGAGAGGCAGGGCGCUAGUGUCACAUUAGCUUUUCUCCAAGUUAAUUUGUCUUUGGGAUAUUUUUUACUCUCUUGAUGGCAGGAAAUACUUUUUCUCUUUUUGUUUUCACAGAAACUGCUAUCAUCUGUCACUGAAGCUAGUUGAAGCUAACAUUUAACGUGCUAUCGUUUGCAGAUUUUGACACUUAACAGAUUUUGGUUUUUUGAAAACUUAUCUGUGCUCCAAAAUCUGAAAUUUUUCACCUUUAUUUUGAGUUUAAUCUAGAUUUAGUUCAGUCAUGAAUCCAAACGUGACCAGUUUCAUUAGCUAUUGUUAGCUAGCGGGUAGAAGCAGUACAUUAGCUAAAUAUGUAUUCAGAUUAGCUUUUCUGGAAAUCUGAUAUUUUUAAUCUUAAUUUUGAAUCUAGAUUUAGAUGAGUUUGAAUCAAGCUUGAGUUAACAUAUGGCUAAUUCCCUGAGCUCAACUUAGCUAACAGAAAUGCAGGACAUUAGCUAAAUUUGUUUUCCCAUUAGCCUUUUUCUAAACCAAUUUGUGCUGAGGAAUGUGAUAUUUUAACUCUUUAAAUCAAACGGAAAUCUUGCAAACGUCUACUUUGAUCUGUUUGUUUUCACAUAAGCUGCCGAGUCAUCUGUCAGCUAACUGCAGCUAAUCGAAGCUAAUUACUUAGCUAAACUUAGGGAGAAGCAGGGAAUUGGCACAAUUUUUCUGAACUGUUUCUACAAUUAGUACUCUUAACUUUGAGUUGAGUCCAAAUUUAGAUGAGUUUGGUUGAAACUAAACCCAAACAUGAUCAGUUUCGUUAGCUAACGUUAACUAGCAGAGAGAAGCAGUGCAUUAGCUAAAUAUUUAUUCAGAUAAGCUUUUCUUUAAACUGAUUUGUGCUUGGAAAUCUGACAUUUUAAUCCCAAGUUUGAUUCCAAAUUUAGAUGAGUUUGAAUCAAGACUGAGUUACCAUGUGGCUAAUUUGCUUAGCCCAACUUAGCUAACAGAGACUUAGGGCAUUAGCUAAAUUUGUUUUCACAUUAGCUUUUUUUGUAAACCAAUUUGUACUGAGGAAUGUGAUAUUUUUACUCUUUAAGUCAAAGAGAAAUCUUGCUAAUGUUGCCUUUGACCUGUUUGUUUUCACAUAAACUGCCGAGUCGUGUGUCGGCUAACUGCAGCUAACGACAAGUUGUCUUUUUCUUGUAGCUGAUUAUUUAGCUAAACUAAGGCAGAAGCAGGGAAUUAGCUAGGUUUUUCCUAAACUGAUUCUCUAAUUAGUAAUCUUAACUUUGAGUUAGGUCCAAAUUUAGAUGACUUUGACUGAAGACUAAACUCAAACGUGAACAAUUUCAUUAGCUAAUAUUAGCUAGCAGGUAGAAGUAGGGCGUUAGCUAAAUUUACUUUCAAAGUCUGAUAUUUUUAUUCUCUAAAUUGCUGCAAAAACUCGGUAAAAUGUAUUUUCUUCACAUUUGUUUUCACAAAAAGCGCUGUUGUGUGUCAGCUAGCUGUAGCUAGCAUGUUAGCACGUGUAGCUUCAUCUUGCUAGUGAACUUCCUUGCCCUCUGUGUUUUCCCCGUGACACCGAUCGUGAAAAGCUGCGAAAUGUUUAGACUAAAACGUCCUGUGAAGCAGCAGCUAGCAAACAGUUAGCCAAACUAGAAUUAGCAUAGUUUUUUAGCUCAACUGAAGCCUCCCGCUUGUAGAUGAAUCACGGCACUAAUAUUGCCGCCAACACCUGUACAUAGACAUCAGAACCUCAUGUAGCCUUUAGCCCUAAACCCCGUCCACCCGGACCACCCACUUUAUUUAUAAACAAAGACUCCGCCCCCUCAAUCCUACAUUUUUGUAUAUUUUUAGCCAACCUCUUCAGUCCAUCCACGUUUUAUUCCUGAUUUAUCAUCUAGACAUUAUCGUCACUGUUAUUCUAAUUAUUAUUAUUAUUGUCGUUGUUGUUGUUGCUGUUGUUGUUGUUGUUGACUUUUUCUUUGCUGUACAGUACCGUUGUUGAGAAAUUCUACCUAAUACAGAGUCUUCUACUGUAAUGUGUCUCUUUUCAAUAAAGACGAGACUUAAUGCUU